AUGAGAUUAUCCUUCAGUGUCAAAAGAUAAUUGAAAAACUAUUUGCGAUAGUCUCUAGAUGUGGCCUUACCGCUUAAAUAUGAUUUAUCGAAAAAGAGUUCUGGCUAAGGUCUUGAUGAACUUUACGAGAAAUAUCUGCACGUAGGACAGUGUUUAAAUGUACCAUAGAAGAAAAGUGAUUACUUUAGCAUGACUCCUGAAUUGGUAUUUCAAUCUAAAAGUAAGAACAAAGAAAGUUCAAAAGGGUAUUAUGGACUACCAACAGCUACAGAAGUGGGCUAAGAUAUAGUAGUCUAAAUUCCUAGUAAUGAAAUCAUCAGAGCUAUUGAUGUUGAGAAAUAUUUCUUUUCAGAUGAUGCAGCAGCUGAUGUUUAAGUAGAAAAUGGAACACAUCUAAAUUUUAUCCUAAAGCAAUAAUUUAUUGAAGAUUUUGUGAAUUAAAACGCUUGUAGAUUAUUCAGAGUAACUGAUAGUUUGACCCUAUCAUAGGAAGAAAAUAAAGCACAAUCUGCUUAAUAUGAAGGUGAAAUCAAUUACAGUGCUAAUGUAUCUGAUGGAUAAGAGUAGAGAUUUUAUGUAGUUGAUUAUUUCAUGAAUUAGUUCUAAUCACUCUCAGGCUAAAAGAUAACCUAUAAUUAUGAAGAACUAGGGAGUCUAGAUUCAAAAAUUAAGAUUGAUAAGAAAUACAGAUUUAAUGGAAUACUGGAUCAUAAAGGUUAUGCAUUGAUACAAGAGAAUGAAGAUACUUAUGUAGAUGAGGUUUUUGAUACUCCUUCAAAGAAAAUAUAUAGUUUGAUUUCAAAGCCACACUAGAUCCAUAAAAUGCUAAUGCCAGAGCAAUAUGAUCUAUAUGAUGAGCUCAUCAAAGAUAUAUCAAAAUAUAGUAUAUUUCAUCAGGGUAAAUUCGAAACACCUUAAAUUGAAUUCUAAUACAAAAUGUAAAACACCACAGAUAAAUCAGUUGGAAUGCUUUUGAUUUACUUAAGAGACUAUGUUGAGGAUUAUUGUGAUACUCUAGAUAUCCAUUAUAUUAGUGAAAUAACUAAAAUUAUCAUGCUUUUGCUAGAUCUUUAUUCAGACCCAAAACUUAAUUCAGAGACAUAAAAAGCCAUUAAAGAAAGCUUAAAACUGUUUUUAUGCUUAUUCAAAUGA